AUGUUCAACAGACAAUCUGAUUUUAAUAGGACUUUGCUCACUGGCUCUUCAAAUAUGUAUGAGGAAACCGAGGACGACACAAAACAAAUUUCGUCCAAAAGAAAGCAGUUCAGAGCCUGGCUGCACAGUCUCAAGGAACACUCUCCCUCUGUGGAGAUAAAUGACGAAGAAACUGUUUUCAUUGAUGCAGAAGAUGCCUUUUUGAAUUCAGAGAACCCUUUGUCGUACGUUCCUGUGCUCAGUGCCACAGAAGCAGAGGAAUUUCUCGGCACACCGGAGCGUGCGACUAAAGAGUAUCCCCAUGGACGUCGCCUAAAAGCGUUUUUGAGAGAACACCUGAGAAGACCAUCGAAGCGUCGUCUUUUAACUGCUCGACCGAGACGUCCGAUUGAGUGUCACAAAGCACGUUCCAUGGUUUUUGACAUGAAGUAUCAUGAUCCUGCAUUAUUUGAUGGUGGCUGUUCUGAUCAGCAGCAGUGGGAACGUACCGAAUUAUUCGGCUCGCUUGCAACUGAUGCUUCUUCAGCUUCUCCUAAAUUUUACCGCAUCGACCACAAAAUUGAAAAUUCAGACCCUCACACUUCGAAGAUGGACCUGCGGGCAGAGGACAGGUCACCUAUUAUUCUAGCUGAUAGAAACAAUCACUUUGUUGAAUCAAGCCUUGAAUCCGAGGGUAGGGAAUCCAAAAGGCUCAUUUUAUCGGCCGCUGACAUCGCCGCGAAUGAGAGACUUACCACCGCUCCUCCUCAGAGUGGCGGGAGUCCUCUUAGUAACGGUUUCUCUAUCCCCGAACCACGAGGUACCAGAAUCGAUAACUUUCUCUUCAUGAAUCCAGCGGACAGUAACGACACAAAUCGUGUGGAACGUGAAAUAUCAAAUGUGUUUGACACUUUGCCGAUAGAACCUGACUCUGUUGUGGAUCCGGGUUCACCAAAUUGCCUUGAUGAAAGUGCGCAACCCGGUGAAAGACAAGAAAGUUUGAAGAGAAGUUUUGAUCCUCCGGCUCAAUCGAGUUCUAUAAUGAAGCGCCCUUGUCUCGACAGAGAUUGUGCGGCUUUUGGCGACGCUGAAGACGAAGCGAAUGAAUCUUUCCGCGAAUCGUCCUCCAUUUAUUCGGAUGCACCUCCUUUUGGUACGUCAAUUUGCGAAACUCCAUCUACAAUGCUAGAGAACAAUCCGCAUAUGAUAAAAAAUCCUUAUAUCAAGACUUGUCACGAUUAUGAGAAUAAUCAUGAUGAAUCUUUUGGGGGGUUUCAAAGUCGGGAAGCAUCUCCGGCGGCUACUGUAGAAAAUUUACGGGAGCUAGUAAGUUACAAGGAUCUCCCACCAAUCAAGACCCCUUCGUUUAUCCCUAUUUCAAAGCUAAAUCGUGCGAAUUCCAAUGAUUUUGAUAACUUUACAUCAGAAGGAAAGUUUCAUGGGGUUGUUGAAAAAUUCAAGUCCGCCGUCCACCACCAAACGUCCCCAAACUCUGACACUAAGAAUCAUGGGCUUGUUGAUUGCAGCGAUAAAAAAAAUGGUAAUGAAGACAAUCAUUCUAGCGAGAAUUUUACCGCCCGCAAAGGUCACAAUAGUAAGAGCGGGAAUAAAAAUGGCAGUCGUUCGAGCUCUAUGAAAAAGAAGCGUCAAACUUUCAGGCCUUCUAAAUGCGAGGAGUUUGAAACGCAGAAGUUGCGUGUCCCUACGUUCAGACAAAGUUUGCGAAAAAUUGAUGCAUUGGGGUUAUUCGAAAGUGUAAGAAAGGGCACAUUGACUGAACGCGAUCUGUUCAAUUUGUCAAAGGAGAGAUCUGAGGACACGUACGAUUUUCGUGACACUAGGUUUUACGAGUCCCAAUCUUCAAAAUCGAACUCCUCUGAAUCUUUAAAAGCACGCGAGGAAGUCACAGUCUCCAGUGUGAAGUUUGACAAGUUUGCACACCUAUUGAUGUACGAUGUUCGGAAAACCAGCAAAUUUGAAAGGCCCGAGACCUCUCAAUCCUUCAGAGCUACUAGCAUAUUCAGUAGGGAAGGGAAACUGACACGAUCUCUUUCUGACAGCGGCGCACAGGAUGCUAGAAAGCUUAACAUAAACACAGGAAAGCCCAUUUUGAAACGAAAGAUCAAUGAGCGUGCCGCCGUGGAAUCCUUGAGAGCUGAAGAUUGUGACACUGUGGAAGUCACCGAUUUCCUGACAUUUUUCAAAAGUCACGAAGCGCGCCGUCGCAAUGAAGAACAUCGUUUGAGCAAAAUUCGUGAACAGCAGCUCACCAACUACUAUGCCAAUGAUCACAUCUAUAACUCAGUUCGAAACGGUGACGUGAAGUCUGCUCUGCUUGAUUUUAAGAAAAGUAAAAAAGCGACGGAGCACAACAUUGGCCGCCAACUACGCGAUCCUAUUGCAAGAAUGCUUAGCUGUCCUCGCGAAUCGCAAUGGCAACGCCUACAUAAACAAAGUACCGUAUCACAGAGCUGUUUUUAG